GUCCUGGCGAAUCGAACGAGUCCUAGACCUAAUAAAAUAUUAUUUUUAGCUCUAUGGUCCUAGUAGUUCGAAUGAAUCAUCAUCUGUGUUUGUUUAGUGUCACGGUAUAAAAAUUCGUAAUCAUAGAACUCCAAUUAGAAUAUUCGUUAAUUUGAUUAUGGCAUUUCGCAAAUGCAAGGGACAUUUAAAAACAAUUAAUGAAAAAAUCAUUAGUGCUGUACCAUCCUUGUGAUUGUUACAUUAUACGGUAACAGAGUUUGUGCCUGAAAUGCUUGUUGGCAGUCGUAUCUCAGCAGAUAUUCCAGCUCCUCCUAGUUGUGCUCUAACUUUUGAUGUGAAUGCUUUAUUGGACGGUAGUGAAUUAAUACAUUUUGGGCUAUAAGUGAACAUUUCAAUUCAGUUAUUUGAAAGUAUAAUUACCAAUGCAGUUCAAUGCAUUGGUGACAUUUGAACUCGCAUAAAUAAUCAGAAAAGAAGGGACUGAAGUUUUUGAUUCCAAACCUGGAAUUCAAGUGUGUACAUAGUUUUAAUCCAAAAUGUCUUUAGAUCUGAUGUAUGAAGACAGAGCCCUACAACCUACCAGAUUAACAGUGGCGAGAAACUUGUUUGGAACUGGGAGAAGCUUGAAUUGUGACAGAUAUAUACCUUGUCGUGCUAAUAAUAACUGGGAAACAAACUUCGCAGUGAUACCUGAUAACAAUAAAGUUGUAGCGCAAUGUAAAAAAACAAGGGAAAAUGGUGAAAAUGCCAGGGACCAUUCAGUGUACAAUAUCCUUUUGAGGAAUGAGAUACUGGGAGAACGUAUUCAUGAUAUAAAGACACAGUGUGAUGAUAGAUUAGUGCUGAGCCCGACGCAACCUAGGAAUCUUUUCAGAUAUGGAACUCCAAAGAGGAACGAGAACAAGCUGCCCUGCAGCCCGUAUUCCCUGUCGCCGCUCACUCCAUUCAGCCAGAAGUUGCUCAGGUCCCCCCACAAGGCUACCAGAAAGAUAUCUAGGAUACCCUUCAAAGUUCUGGACGCCCCGGAACUGCAGGACGAUUUCUACCUGAACCUCGUCGAUUGGUCGGCUCAAAACGUACUCAGCGUCGGAUUGGGCAGUAGUGUUUACUUGUGGUCCGCCUGUACCAGCCAAGUAACGCGACUGUGCGAUCUGUCGGGCGACAGUAAUGCAGUGACCUCCGUGUCGUGGAGUGAGAGGGGGAAUUUGGUGGCUGUCGGAACGCACCACGGCUACGUCACGAUAUGGGAUGUGGUGGCCAACAAGCAGAUCAACAAGCUGCAAGGACACACAGCCAGGGUGGGCGCGUUGGCGUGGAAUGGCGAUGUUCUGAGUUCGGGCAGCAGGGACCGAUUGAUACUGCAGAGGGACAUCAGGACGAAUCCUACCAUUCCCGAAAGGAAACUGGUGGGUCAUCGUCAGGAGGUGUGCGGACUCAAAUGGUCGCCGGACAACCAAUAUCUAGCCUCUGGCGGCAACGACAACAGGUUGCACGUGUGGAAUAUGCAGUCCUUGACGCCAGUCCAGACCUACACCGACCAUUUGGCCGCCGUGAAGGCCAUCGCCUGGUCGCCCCACCAUCAUGGGCUGUUGGCGUCCGGCGGUGGUACCGCCGACAGGUGCAUCCGAUUCUGGAACACCCUGACUGGACAGCCCAUGCAAUGCGUGGACACCGGUUCGCAAGUGUGCAAUCUGGCCUGGUCGAAGCACAGUUCGGAGUUGGUCUCCACCCAUGGCUAUUCGCAGAAUCAAAUACUCGUGUGGAAGUACCCCAGUUUAGUGCAAGUGGCCAAGUUGACGGGACAUUCUUACAGAGUUCUUUAUUUGGCCUUGUCGCCCGACGGCGAGGCGAUAGUUACAGGAGCGGGCGACGAAACCCUGAGAUUUUGGAACGUUUUCAGCAAAGCGAGGUCGCAGAAAGAGACCAGGUCGGUCCUCAGUCUGUACACGGGAAUACGUUAACGAAAAAAUUUAACGUAAAUUAUACAAGACAAUAGGUAAUAUGUAGCGGUGGAAAACGAUUUCAUUUAUACGAUUAUUUAUUCCGAAGCAAUUUUAUUAGAUUUAUUAGGGAGAGAAUGCAGAGUUCGUUUGCGUGUAAGAUAAAGAAAUAUUUUACUGGCAAUUCACAAUCAUUUACAUAUAAAAUAUAUUUAUUAUUUUGAUCUAUUUUGAAUAAACGAGAAUCAUAUACUAUGUUAAUUUAAGCCUGUGUAAUUGAAAUGAAACUAUUAGUUCUUGUCGGUGAUGGGUUUUUUCAGAUUUUAAGCGAUAUUUGAAAAAAUUCAUCACUUUAAAUCAUCGAGAGUAUUGAGAAGAAGCUGUAUAUAAAGCGCCAAAAAGUUCGGUAUUAGUUUUAAUCGAGAAUUUAUCCAACAUACGUUAGUAUUUAAUUUUGGACAUUUUUAUUCUUGGUUUACAACUCAACUAUUAUUGAUUUCGAUCGAUGAUUAUUGUUUGAAAAAAAAUCUGUAUGAAUGUAAAUUAUUGUUAAUUCUGUAUCUAUUUUUGUGGUAAAUAUCUUUCAACCUACAAAAACUCUAAAUAAAACUUGAAUGUGAUAGAUUAAUGAAGUAGUUCGUUAAAACGAAGGAAUGUUUCAUCCUGAAAGCUUUCAACAUUUUUUUUAAACGGAAUGGAACAUUUCUUCGGAUUGAGGUCGAUUUGAUAUAAUCGAUGAGAUAUUUCCUCAUUGUGGAGGGUGAAUUCGAAGAAAAACUGUCGUUAUUUUCUGUGUAGCUUUUUCUUGUAGUGUGUUGUGUGUGUGACGAAUGAAUUUGUGUAGAAUUUUUGGUGCAUUUUUAAUUGAUUUUCUUUCCAUCGAAGUACAAAUCUUCUCGAACGAAAUGUUGCAUAAUUGAUUCGUCCUGUAUAUAAUUUGUGGGAGGGAUUGUAUAUUGGAAAGGAUUCGUUUUUUUUGAGGAAGGGAUUGAAUAUUUUUGGUUGUUACUUUUUUUUUCAUUCUGUUAUUAUUUAGUGAGAAGGAUUUAAGCCCAAAUAUGUGUAAAUAUAUUCUUUGUUUUAGCAACAAAAUUUUUUUGGGUAUAAAUCGAUAGUUCUAUUUUUUUUGUAUUAGUAAAAUAUAUUUUUUUCUAUGGAAUGAAUCUGUGUCUCUUUCACUGAAUAAUAAUGGGAUAAAUAUUUGAGAUUUCAAGGAAAAAGAAAGAUCCUAUUUAUUCCAAAUAAAAUUGGUGUCCCUCAA